AUGUUAAACGGAGAUAACAGAAAGAUAUUUGUCUGUGAUAGAGUUAUAUACAAGAUAAGGGAGGAGAUGGUGGAGGAGUAUGAGAAGAGCGGGCUAGUGAUGAUCAGAACACGAGCUUUCCAUAAGUUCAGGGUUGGAAAGAGAUAUGGAGAAAGAUAUUAUUUUUUGACUCGAGGAAGCGUGCUGGUGUAUGAGGAUCUGUUUGACGAGCCGCUGGAGGAAGUUGAAGUGUAUGGAGAGAAUGUUGUUGAUUUCCAUGUGCAUGAAGAAAGGGUAUUUAGUCUUGUGCGAAGAAUGGGCCGGUGUAUUGGAUUUGAUGAGAGCCAUGAGAUGAUGUUUGAUUUUCAAUCCGGUGCAUAUUUCUGGGAUGAGGGAUAUUUCUAUAUCAACACAAACAAGAGUUUGAUCAGGUUUGACAUUGGUACAAGAAAUGCUGAGGAGGUUCUGGCCGAUGUGAGCAUUAAGUAUUUUAUAGUGCAUUUCGGAAUGAUAGUUUAUGUGGAUAAUGCAAAUACCAUACAAGUUAUCAAGAAGGAUGCAAGACUCUCGUAUCACUACCACUCGCAUGCGGUCUUAGGGAUUGCUGUUACGCCUCUGGAGAGCCUGCUUGUAGUCAGCAAGAACAAGAGGCUUACAAGGCUGGAGACGCGAAGGGAUGAGAGGAUGAUGUUGUCGUCUUUUAAUGGGGAUGCGGUUGAUUUUGUGUAUGAGGGGGAGUGUGUUUAUGUGCUGACGGCGUUUAGUUUGGUUGUUUAUGAUAUGAAGACCGGGGCGGAGAGGGGGAGGAUUUACUCACUGCCGAAUUUUGAGUAUUGCAAGCUUUUCAGGGCUAAGAAUGCAAAGGACGAGGAGAAGCCGGGAAGGGAGAUUUUUGAGAAGAAUGUGAAAAGGACGAAGGUUGUGAUGCCUUAUGUGUUUCUGCGGGACGAGAAGAUGGUUUCUGAGAGGAGCCUUGUGGUGAUAAAAGGGAGUUAUGUGUUUUUGUAUGAUCUUGAUUUGGAGGAGGUUGAGAAGGUUGGGUAUUUUGAGGGAGCAGACUGUUUCUAUUCGAACGGAUGUGUAAUUGCAAUGUCUGGAAGGAUGCAUGGAGGGAGGACUAUGAAGAUGUACCGGAUUGAUGGAGAAGGGAUGUUUUUGAUGCAGAAGAGGGAAUGCGUGAAUGUGGCAAAUGUGCCUGAGGAUAUUGUGCUUGAUGGAAGCAGGCUAUUUAUGUAUUUUGAUGGGAGUUUUGUUGAGGUUGCGGAGGCGGGGAUUUUGAGGCGCUUGAAGACCGGGAUGAUCCAACAGAUAGAGGAAACUGAAGAAGGAGUUUUUUUGUUGGAUGGCCGUGGAAUAUACAAAGUUGGUACGGGAGAGUGGAUUCUUGAGGACGAGGAGAUUGCAUCGUUUUGCAUGUCAGGGAAGAUGCUGUUUGUGUCAUUUCUUGGGAAUGGAGUGACUGGAUUUCAGAUGCAGGACGGAGCGAGUGAGGAGAAGCUAGUUGAGGAUGUGAAUGUGAUAGAUGUUUUUUCAAAGGAUUCUGUGAUGGUGACGUCUCAUGCUGAUGAGGAUGUGGUUAUUUUGAGGAGAUACAGGAAGCAUGGAGACGAAUGGAUUAAGGACAAAGAGGCCAGUGUUGGAGAUAGGAUAAGUAAGGUUGUGCAUGAGAACGUGUAUCUUUCUGUGGCGAACAAACUGCACAAGGUGGGUUUUGAGUGA